AUGGCUGAGGUGAACAUAUUGCCGGUUGGGUGUUCCCCUAAACCUCCAACAAUCAGUGAUCUCUCACCAGUGGAAGAAGAAAAAGUCAUCUCCAUUUCAGAGUCAACUGAAAGUACCAUUGCUAGCCCACCAUAUGGCCACAAAAUACUUGCAGAGCUUGUGGGGACCUAUGUGAUCAUAUUUGCAGGUUGUGGGUGUGUGCUUAUUGACAAGAAGUAUCGGCUUACUGUCACGGGCAUAGCAGUGGGAUGGGGUAUGAUUGUGAUGGUGAUGAUAUACACACUUGGACAUGUCUCAGGUGGCCAUUUCAAUCCUGCUGUGACUAUUGCUUUCGCUGCAUCACGCAAGUUCCCAUGGAGACAGGUGCCACCAUAUGUUUUAUCUCAGGUGGCAGGCUCAAGCCUGGCAAUCCUCACCCUUUUUGUUAUGUUGAACACCAGCAUACCUAUAUGUGCCACGGUCACUCAGUUUUCCAGUCCAACAACUAUCCCUGAAGCUUUCACAUGGGAAUUCAUCAUCUCUUUUAUUCUAAUGCUUGCCAUUUGCGGAGUCGCCACUGAUAGUAGAGCGAUAAACGAGCUCUCUGGAGUUACAGUAGGAGCCACGGUACUAGUAAAUGUCCUCCUUGCAGGGCCAAUAACAGGAGCUUCCAUGAACCCUGCUAGGAGCAUAGGCCCGGCACUUGUCUCAAUGGAGUUUGACUGCCUUUGGAUCUACAUUGUGGCUCCCAUUCUAGGAACCACUACAGCAACUGUAAUCUACAGUUUUGUUAGGCUUCCCUUGCCUGAAAAACGGCUUUAAAAAUGCAUAGGUACUAUUCUUUCUCUAAAC